AUGCCAUCUAUCUGGCGACCCCAGCCCAGGAGGCUCCCAAGGCCUUUUGUGGAGGACGAGUUCGAGUCUCUCUCUCAUGAACUCGGAGGCUUAUCUCUGUUGGGGGAAAAGCCUGGGGUAGAAGGCGCAUGUGAGCGUGGAACGGUAGAUCAGCUGCCAAUUCUUCUGGAUAUUGAGAACCUUCCCCGAUCAGCUACCGCCGAUACCGACAUUUCGACUUCGCAGCCGCCUUCUCUCGUCAGCGAGUCGUCCCGGGAAAGCUCUGGGCCGCGUACACCACCACCGGUGGACUUUGUUCCACGGACUAAACAAGACCAUCGUCGGCAAUAUGACUACGGUCUUUCACAUGCGUAUCCGUAUCAACAAUCAGGGCAUGCUAGUAACUUUACUUACGGUGCAGCUGAACAUCAAUACCAAAACUCCCUGCAACGAGAGUCACACAUCGACGAGCCUCUACAGCGUCCAAAUCCUCCUCGGCGUCAGAACCAGCCGCUACCAUCUCCAAGCCUGAUAUCAGUUCCUGUUCGUUCUCGAGAUACACUAACGGUCAGAAAAGAUCAAUCCGGUACGGCUCGCAGUCGGCCCACGGUAGCAGAACUUUUGGAAGAGAAGCUCCGGCUUCGUAGUAGGUCGCAGAAGAAUCUUUAUCAAUAUGACGGCAGACGGAACGAAGACUUACAACAGUCAACCACUGUGAUUGCCUCUGCUCCACCUUCACCUGUGCAGAAACUGAGCGAGAUAUGUCCUGUGCAAUACAUCUCUCAGCCGAGUUCGCCUCUUAGUCCCCUCAGAGAAGUAUCACCGAGCGAUUCCCAGGACUGGAAUGAGUACUAUCCUUCAGUCGGUUCAGCAACGCCUCCUAGCGAAGGAAUUUCUUACUUCCCGACCACCUCUAGACAAAGACGGCCGCCAUCUCCACGACAUUCUUCUGAUGAGGGUACAGAGUAUAAGACUGUGAGGCCACGACGAGCUGUGUCUUUCAAAGAUACCCCGCAAUAUCAUGUACCAGAAUCUUUUGCGACACCAACCUUCAACCGUCACAGCUCUGAUAUCUCGCCAACUCGGACAAUUAUUCCAGCUAGUCCUAUAAAACGUGUCGCUACUCAACUACCUGACCCAUCGCAAAACCUCGCUUUGCGUCCUUGUCCAAGGACCUAUCCGGUCUCCGGGUAUCAAGACUGGUACACAAUGUCUGGACUGGAGCAUUUAAACAUUUGCCCUUCUUGCAUGAGCCAGAUCGGUAACUCCAGGUUUCAUGACUAUUUCAAACCCAGCGUUAGUAACGCGCAGGCGCGUAUAAGUUGCUCAUUUAGCGAGGUAUGGACAAGAUUGGCCUGGAUUCAGACUAUCAAAAAGAACUACGCCAAUCUGGAUUUACUAUAUGAAGUGACCCGGCCAUCAGGCUUGACCUGCCCGGGGCGCAGAUUGUCAACUCAAGCAUGGUACCGGAUGGUCGAUAGUCAGACUGGUUUGAAUGUUCCCAAAUUCGCAGCUUGCUCGGCAUGUGUACGCAAUCUGGAAAUUCUAAUGCCUCCUUUACAAUCGACUUUUCGACGUCAACCCAGCCUUCAGGAGAAAUUUUGCGAUCUCGCCGUCGACAGCCCACGAUUUGUGCAAUAUGUUGAUAUUCUCGACGCCGCAGCGACUCAAUGCGAGUACGAGCGAUACAAAUAUCCGGACAAUGGUAAAUUCGUCGACUACUUUCAGCGUAAGUACAACCUACGCGACUGCCGACGCCAACGACCUAUCCUUGGAACGUGGCAUUACAUUCCAGAACUGCCCGAGUUUACUGUGUGUGAAGACUGCUACGAUGAUGUUGUGCGUCCUCUAGCAGCAGCACAGAAGCCAAUCGCCCGACGACUAGCCAACCCUCCUCGGCUUCUACCAGGAUCUGGGCCGAACCGAUGUCGCGAGGCAAGUUGUCAACUAUACUCACCUCGCAUGCGAGCCAAAUUCAAAGACGCAGUUUUGGACAAUGACUUCCGUAUGUUAGAAUCUCAAGCAUUGAACAGAUUUGAUGCCGAGCUACGAUUUCACAACAAAGAGGACCAGUUACUUCGUGUGCCGGAGACGGAAAGGGGAUGGCAUUGGGAGGAUGAAUGGAGACACAACCUUGAAAUGUGGAAACUUUACGAAUGA